AAAAACCCGACGGCGGGGGGAAAGCCACACGAGUGCCGCCUGCCUCCCUGCUCCGCUCAGUCCUCCGCCGAGCCGGCGGCGGCUGGAGCCAGCGGAUCCAUGCUGCCCACGGCUCUCGGGGCUCUCCUGGCCCUGCUGCCGCUCGCCUCGACGCUACAGAGCCCAGCAGGUACCCAGCACGGGGGCCGGGUGCUGGAGCCCUCCGAGCCCGCCCUGCGCCGCCUGGCCCAUCACCUCCUGGCCCACUACCAGAAGGGCACCCGGCCUGUGCGGGACUGGCGAACGACCACGAAUGUGGCCCUCGACCUCAUGGUCUACGCCAUCCUCAGCGUGGAUGAGAAGAACCAGGUGCUGACCACCUACAUCUGGUACAGGCAGCACUGGACAGAUGAAUUCCUCAAGUGGGACCCAGCUCACUUCGACAACCUGACGGAGAUCUCCCUCCCUGUAGAGAGCAUCUGGGUGCCUGACAUCCUCAUCAAUGAGUUUGUGGAUGUUGGAAAGUCCCCGCACAUCCCCUACGUUUAUGUCAGCCAUCACGGGGAGGUGCAGAACCUCAAACCCAUCCAGGUGAUGACCGCCUGCAGCCUGGACAUCUACAACUUCCCCUUCGACGUCCAGAACUGCUCUCUCACCUUCACCAGCUGGCUGCACCACAUUCGUGACAUCAACCUCUCGCUGUGGCGGCAGCCGGAGCUCGUCAAGUUCGACCGAAGCGUCUUCAUGAACCAGGGCGAGUGGGAGCUGCUCUAUGUCCUCAGCCGCUUCCGGGAGUUCAGUGUCAAGAGCAGCGACAGCUACGCUGAGAUGAAGUUCUAUGUAGUCAUCCGGAGACGCCCCCUCUUCUACACCGUCAGCCUGCUGCUCCCCAGCAUCUUCCUGAUGGUUAUGGACAUUGUGGGCUUCUACCUACCUCCCCACAGUGGUGAGAGGGUCUCUUUCAAGAUCACCCUCCUGCUCGGCUACUCGGUUUUCCUCAUUAUUGUAUCCGACACAUUGCCAGCCACUGCCGUCGGCACGCCGUUGAUAGGCAUCUACUUUGUAGUGUGCAUGGCACUGCUCGUCAUCAGCCUGACAGAGACCAUCCUGAUUGUGCGCCUGGUGCACAAGCAAGACCUGCAGCCCCACGUGCCUGAGUGGGUGAAACACCUGCUGCUGGAAAAAGCCACCAUCCUGCUCUGUAUCCGGGACAGGAAGAAAUUCAGCCAAAGCAGGACGCCAAGCUUGGACACCUCCAGGCAGGUGGAGAACCAUGACAGCACAGGAAACUUUUAGCUAACGGCAUCUGUGGCUAGAGGACAGAAAGAGGACUCGCAAGCAGAACCGCAGGGGAGCGAACGGUGAGACAGGAAAAGUCGUACAAAAAAUAGGAGCCAAUAGAUACUCUGAGAAAACCAAAGGGGAACUUGGGCACCUUCUGCGCCCGGGCUCAGAGAGGUGCUGAGGUAGACGGAACGAGGACAGCGACGGACCCGAACCACGAGCGGCAACACAGAGCAACGGGACGGGCAGGCGGGCGCUCACGACACUGACAACAAGCCAGGGGAGAGGGAGCCCGGGACCACGGGGCCCCGCGCGGCGCUUGGUCCUCACUGCUAUGAUACACAUAUAUAUACUUAUAUAUAUAUAUAUGGAGGGGUGGCCAUAGGGGGCUGCGCCACAGCCAACAGCGCGGGGACGCGCGCCCGGGGUACAGCAGCAUCGCUCCAACGCUGACCCCAACACUGUUGCAGCGGGGGCUGUGUCUCUGAGGGAGAGGGAUGGUGGGAUGGAAGGGGAGGUUAAAGCAAAAAAAAAAAAACAAAAACAAAAACAAAAAGCCACAUGAGCUCGGCCACGUGCUCCAUGGCACCGUGGCACCCGUGUCUGGCAGCGCCAGGACACCAUGUGGACCUGCCGUGCACACGCCAGAAAUUGCAGCAACUUUCUAUGUGAAAGAACUAUUUUCUUUUUUUUUUAAUAUUUUUUUUCUGUUUUUUUUUUUUUUUCUUAGGCACAACAAUUAAACGAGCCGUUCUCCACAGUCACAUCCCGGAUUGUACAGCAGCGAUGCCCGCCCUGCGCAGAGCAGCGACGGUCCCGUGCGCAGGGGCACGCGUGGAGCCGGACUGGGGCGCGAGGGAGGAUGCUGCUCCCACAGCUGUAUCCCUGCUUGGCACCAGGAGAGGUGGGAAGGGCACCCCAGACCCAGAGGGGCCAUCAGUGUCCCUCCAAAUGGUAUCCAGACACUGUCCCACCCCCCUCCCCGGCUCCUCUUCCCCCCUUUUCACCCAAACGCAGCAAAACAACAAAAAAAGAGCCGCGGGAUGGAACCACCAAGCCCGUGGCUGCGCAGAAGAAACACAACGAAAA